AUGAUUUUAGAAUGUUGCGAAUGGAUACACAGAUCGGUCGAGAUUGGGCUCGAUGGUUAUCGUCAUUGGAAUAACGACAUCUGCCGCUGCCACGAGCGGCCUUGGUUGGCCUGUGCGGCGUAUUGCUGUCCUUGCCUCAUCUGGUCGUUGAUUCACUCCAAGACGGAGCAUCUUGUUGCCCACGGUACUCGUGCGUUCCCUCAUGCGGAGUGGUAGCUGUCAUGUCACGUGCCCCUAGCCCUGGAUUACUGACACAGCUUGCCCCCUAUUGCUGUCGUACGCGCCCCGCUGACCUCGCAUCUUGACAGCUCAUCCCAAUCCACGAAAGGUGGGGUCAUGGUGCUGCAUCAUUGCGUUCUCGCCUAUUUGCGUGGCCCUCCCUGAGGUCUUGUUGGACUAUGCGUCCCGCGCCGAAACCCGCAAGCGUUACGGCAUUCGAGGGAACUGGGCCGAGGAUUUUGCCAUCGCGUUGUGCUUACCUUGUUGCUCAAUUGUCCAGGUAAGCUUUUUUCAUUCGCGUUGCGGCCAUUUGCCGCCAGCUGUCUCAGCCUCUCACACUAAGUGCAUGCCAUGAAUUGAUGAACACCGCACAGGAAUACCGCGAGAUUGAAGACGAAGAGAUCGCACUCGGAGUUGAACCGGCUCCCCGCCCCACUUGGCUGCGCCCGCACAACGUCGAUUGA